CUCCUAUCUCUUGUCCAGGCCUGAGGAGGGCCAGAUGGCCAUUUUGGCAGCAGGAAGACCCCUCGAGGCGCUGGAGGCAAAUCCCGGAGUGCUGAGCUUGCGGAUCCGGAAUCAGAAGGGAUUUGUCAAGUCGGCCUGGAUCACGGUGGGGUCCCGAUCCCGGUCCAGCCAACCCGGGGGGCCCAGCCGGGCGCAGGUGGACGCGCUGCACGCCAUCUAUUGGGAGCCGCUCACGCAGCUGUUCGAAGAGCACAAGGAGCCCUUCGGUGUCCCCGCCGACAGGCACCUCCUCCUCACCUAGGGAGCCGCCAGCCUGGACUGGACCCCUCUGUGAAGGCAGGUG